UGCAAAUACUAGAAACGUACCGUAACGUAGUAGAAGUUUAGUAAAAGUACCUACCUUACCUAAGUAUAAUAAAUAAUGAGAGGACAGACUCAUGUUAUCAAAACACUACUAUUCACAAGGCACAUUAGAUCACGGCGUAACCAAUCGUACAGCAGUCAAUGAAGCAAUAUUUUGAAACAUCUCAUAGUUUACAUUACACAUAAUCUCUCGUUGCAUUCAGUUGGCUAUCUGAGCUCGCUACAGGGACACAAUGCGACUCAUGUUCGCUAUAUUUGUGGUGUCAUUAGCAAUCCUACAGGCUGAAGGUAGAGUAGCCUUCAGGAGCACUCAGAAAGCCGUGACUGAAGCCAGCAGCCUCAAUCCUGUGAGGCUUACUCGGAGCGACCCCACACUCCCGUCUCAAAUCAACAAAACAGUUCUCAACAAAGUAGCAAAUGUGACAGAAGCAAGGACUCAAAAAUCACCUUCGGUCACUGUGUACCCCCAAAGAGAUGUAACCAACAAUUUUGCAGAGUUAUCAAGAAACAAAGCAGAUCGAUCAAGCCCUAUAGAGCCGAAAAAGCUGUCAGCAAAUCUGGUUACUAGCACGAUAUCUACUACAUCAAGCAAAAGUACCAAUAUUCAAGUUAAGGGAGCUCAUCAAGGAUUACUUUCUAAUGAAACGAGCAGAGUGAAUCAGGGAAGAACGUCAAAGGGUAUUAAUCAGGAUCCACUAUCUAUCUUUAAUACCGGCAACGGAGGUGCAGAUAUUAAAGGCUCAAGAGCUCAGAGACAUUUGCAACCUGGGAAACCAGCGCCAACCAAACCAACUCAAGUGAGAACUAGUAAAUCUACUACAACUUCAAAUCUAAAGUCAAAGAAAGUUGAAGUAAAAAAACCGAUUCCCAAAUUCAAUGAAGUAGACUACGAUGAAGAUUUUCAAUCGAAAAUGAUGAAAAAUCCGUCGCGGGAGAGCCGUGCUGAUGAUGACGAUGGGAAUGAAGAUGAUGAUUUCAAUCUUGACGAUUACGAUUUUGACUUUAAUCACGACGAGUUCAGUGGACGAGGCAAACCAUCGCAGCCUCGAAUUGCUCAAGAGAAGAAAAAGCCGAAAUGCGAAAGUGGGAAGUGUGGGAAGACAACUGUUCGGCCUUCUGUAAAAAGUAACAAAAACGCUACCAGAAAUGGCACGACUACUUUAUUGAAACAAAGCAAUUACGCGUUUGUGUUAUCCAAAGCAGAUUUAUCAGAUCUGAAUUCCCUCAAAGUUGAAAAGUAUGUGAGAGAGGCUGGAUCCCAGGAGUCUGAGGAAGAUGACGACAGUGAUGACGAUGACAGUGCUGAAGACGCCACUGUAAGAAGAAAAGUUUAA